CAUCAUCAGUGAAGCUCCUCCCACAACAAUCACAUCAUCAGUGAAGCUCCUCCCACAAACCCUGCAGAAUGAGACGCACUGAAGAACAAACAGAGUUGAUUGAAGAAAACAAGGAUAGUGAAGAACUGAGUGAAAUUGGGGAGAAAAGUCAUGUCAGUUUCUCACAAUCAUCACACCUUAAAGAACACAUGCACAUCCACACUAGAGAGAAGCUGUACACAUUUGAUCAAUGCGGCAAAACAUUUUUGGGUGCUUCAGACCUGAAGAAGCACUUGAGAGUUCAUACAAAGGAGAAACCACAUUCAUGUUAUUUGUGUGGAAAGAGUUUUUCACAUCUACAAAAUUUGAAAGAACAUCAGAAAAUACACACUGGUGUGAGAGAGUACAUGUGCUUUGAGUGUGAAAAGACUUUUACUUCAGCAUACUGUUUAAAACUGCAUGAGAGGAUUCACACGGGAGAAAAACCAUACAAGUGUUCACACUGCGACAAGAGAGUCAGUCAUUUAGGAGACCUGAAAACACACCAGAGGAUCCACACUGGAGAGAAACCGUACAAGUGUUCACACUGUGACAAGAGCUUCACACUAAAAGGAAACCUUAAAAUACACAUGAGACUUCAUUCUGGAGAGAAACCGUACACUUGUGAUCCGUGCGGGAAGAGUUUCUCACAAUCAUCACACCUUAAAGAACACAUGAACAUCCACACUAGAGAGAGGCUGUACACAUGUGAUCAAUGCAGCAAAACAUUUUUGGGUGCUUCAGACCUGAAGAAGCACUUGAGAGUUCAUACAAAGGAGAAACCACAUUCAUGUUAUUUGUGUGGAAAGAGUUUUUCACGUCUACAAAAUUUGAAAGAACAUCAGAAAAUACACACUGGUGUGAGAGAGUACAUGUGCUUUGAGUGUGAAAAGACUUUUACUUCAGCAUACUGUUUAAAACUGCAUGAGAGGAUUCACACUGGAGAAAAACCAUACAAGUGUUCACACUGCGACAAGAGAGUCAGUCAUUUAGGAGACCUGAAAACACACCAGAGGAUCCACACUGGAGAGAAACCGUACAAGUGUUCACACUGUGACAAGAGAUUCAGUCGGUCAGGAAAUCUGAAAACUCAUGAGAGGAUCCACACUGGAGAGAAACCGUAUCACUGCACUGCAUGUGGGAAGUGUUUCAUUCAAUUAUCUGCUCUACACAGACAUACAAAAAACAAUCACAGUAAGUAGAUCAUCUUCAGAUCAGCACUUUCAGAUCUGAUGCUGCGUCCUUACCAAAUGAGACACAAUAAUGCAUCAAGCAAUAAAAUAUCAUCUAGAUAAAUCUGUCCUAACCAGUCAUUAUAAGUGACACGACAAAGAAACAUUAUCUAAAGUUUCACAGUGAAUAAAGUUAAUUUUCAUCUUCAAAACCAGCAGAUUCUACUGUGAGAUUCAGAUCAGCUCAAAGAUGGAGUUCCUCCCCAAAGAACAAUGUCAGAAAGUUUUAUUCUUGUGUAUCAUUUUGCUUAAUGUUAUAGAUCAGGGGUGUCCAAACUCAGUCCUGGAGGGCCGG